AUAACUGACUGAAGUAUCCCCUGCAGUCAUUAGGUUCCGCAAAGAAGAGAUCAUGGUCCAGGGACAGUAGCAGCUCUCCCUUGUCUCACAUUGAGGAGGACCACGUCUACAGUUUUCCUAACAAACAGAAGUCAUCAGAUUCAUCAACAGCAGCUAUGACCUCUGCCCUGGGCAGUAACCUCUCAGAGCUCGACAGGCUGCUGCUGGAACUUAAUGCAGUGCAACAGAGCUCCCCUUCAUUCCCCACGACAGAGGAAGCAGCUCCACCUUUACCUUCCUGUAGCAUCACCCACUACGAGAAUGGUGGCAGCCCUGACAUCAUGGUGAGCCCUCCGUCUCAGGAGAAACCCAAGAGGAAUGGAACGAGAGUGGAUGAAACCCGACCCACCGUUGAGAGUCUGCUGGACGAGCUGGAGGGCUCAGUGCCUUCACCCAGCCCCCCUGCUUGUCACAGCGAUUUGGACGCCCCCCCCCAACAGCAAGCCAGAAUGUCUGCUUCCUGUGCCACAAGAGAGCUAGAUGAGCUGAUGGCCUCUUUGUCUGACUUCAAGCCCAGCUCUUUGGGCUCUCUGCUGGACCCAGCAGGAGCAUCUUCCAGCUCUCCUCAUCCUCAAGUCUCUUCUUCCGUCACCCCAGUGGCUUCUCCUUUUCUUAGUCUGUCCCACAUGUCCACCUGUGCCUCUCCCCUCUUCUCCUUGCCUGCUGGUCUAGAGCUGCACAUAGAUGAGGACGGAGGAGACCGAGGCAUGUCGAUGCCCCAUUCAAACCGCCUCCCUCCCCACAGUCCUAUAUCCUCACUUUCCGCAGCCAGUGAUCUAGACCUGGACUCUGUCAUAGAUGUUUCUGCCACCAUGUUGUCAUCCCAAACCAAGUCUCUGCUAGUCCUCUCUCAGUCCGCUUCGUCUAACUCCAACCUGAUUGGAAAUAGCCCAAGUCCUUCCAAUACUACCACCACCCCCUCACUUACUUCAGUUAACACUGUUCUGGACCACAAGUCCUCCAAGUGCCCCAGUCCAUCUCUAGAAAGGGCCUCACCCUCAGAUACAAUUGGUAAAUUCUCUUGUGCUCCUGAGAUCAUGAGCAAGGGGUCUGCUUCUUUUCCUGAACUUGAUUUGAAUUUGUCCACUCCACCUCCAUCAAUAAACUUCACCCCUUAUCUCUCUGUGCCGAAGACUCCUUCACCCCUCCCUGUUGCUGUCUCUAUAUCUCCACCUUUCACACAUGCUUCCUCAAAAACAUCCUCACCAUCACUGGUGUCCCCAUUGACGGUCCCCUCUCCACCAGCCUUCACCAGCCCCAGUAGGCAGCCGUUGGAGCUGGCAUCAACAGCUGUGCAGCAACCCCCCAUGGUGGAGCCUUCCCUGGAUGAGGCACUAGACAAGCUGCUAGCAAUGAGUUUUGCACAGAAUCCCUCAACAACACAUGUGGAGGAAGCACAGCUGAAGAUGGAUGCGCAGUGUCUGGGCACAGGAAUGCGGGAGGUGCUCGAGGAACUAAUCCUGCCCAUGGACAGAAACAGUGUGCAGCCCGACACUUUCACCAGUGCCACCAACACCAUCACAGACGACUCAGUGGACGGAGGCACUGAUGGAAACGGAGAUCUGGACUGGGCUGAUGAGGAGCUCUCUGUGUCCCUCCAUGAUGGACUGGAUGGAACCAUGACACCUUACACUGAGAGGCCAUACACAGAUGGCAGCAUGACCCCGUUGACAGAGGCCAGCUGGAUGGAUGAGUCCAUGACCCCAUCUACGUGCCCUGGGACCCCUGACGUUGCCCUGGACCUGCCAAUGCUGCAGACUCCUAGUAUAGACAGAGUCUCUGCAUCUGGACAUAUAAAAUCAGUGAUUAGGCGCACUAAGGAGACUCCCAACGUACAUCCCAUGUACCGAGAUGGUCACCUGCGCAGGAAGAUGGGACCCGUCAUUGUAAACAAGAACAGUUCUCAGGAUCGCCUCAUUGAAGAGCUUCAGGGAAAGCUUGGGAUCGGCCGCUCAGAGCGGCGCCGUAAACAGUCUGAUGACUGGAUGACCGAGGGUGUCAUCGUCACAUCUAAACCCCAGCGUUUCCGUCCUGAUGGUGCCGACAGUGAGGUCGACAAGAUCAUAAUUCCCCCAGAGUCGCCUGUCCCUGUGAGGAAGGUGCCCCCACCUCUCUCUCCCCCAGCCCCUCGUCGCCCUCCUACUGUAGAAGAAACUAAGCGACCUCUUCCUGUACAGUAUCCCCUUCCUAUACCGCCACCUCCUCCUCCACCUCCCUCUCCCCCUCCACAGCCUCCUCACAUCCAUGAACCAGUUCCCACCCCGUUUCGGCAGAUUUUAAAAGCUGCACAUCCACCACCACCCCCAAUUCAGGAACCUCCUGCCCCUAAACCAGAGCCUCCUCCUCCUGUUCUUAAAACCCCAACACAUCCUCCACCAGUGGAGCCAGUGACACCAGUUGCACCCAAAGUCCUGGUGUCUGUAGGCUGCCAAACAGAGUAUGACCCAAUCUUCCCUCCAAUGCAGAUUAUGGCUCAAGGUAAGGGUGGUGUUCCUGGCGGGCCCCCAACACAGGUCAACAAGCUGGACAAUAUGCUUGGUAGCCUGCAGUCUGACCUCAACAAACUGGGUGUGCAGACAGUAGCUAAAGGAGUUUGCGGUGCCUGCUGUAAGCCAAUUGUAGGACAGGUGGUGACUGCCAUGGGCCGCACAUGGCACCCCGAACACUUUGUGUGCACGCAUUGUCAAGAGGAGAUCGGCUCCAGGAACUUCUUUGAGCGUGAAGGACAGCCUUACUGUGAGAAAGAUUACCAUAACCUGUUUUCCCCACGCUGCUACUACUGCAACGGGCCCAUACUGGAUAAAGUUGUGACGGCGCUGGAUAGGACAUGGCAUCCUGAACACUUCUUCUGUGCUCAGUGUGGAUCCUUCUUUGGCCCAGAGGGUUUUCAUGAAAAGGAUGGAAAAGCCUAUUGCAGGAACGAUUACUUUGACAUGUUUGCACCAAAAUGUGGUGGCUGUGCCAGGGCCAUUCUGGAAAAUUACAUCUCGGCACUGAACUGCCUUUGGCAUCCUGAGUGUUUUGUGUGCAGGGAGUGCUUCACCCCGUUUGUGAAUGGAAGCUUCUUUGAGCACGAUGGUCAGCCCUACUGUGAAGUGCACUACCACGAGCGCCGUGGCUCCCUCUGCUCCGGCUGUCAGAAGCCCAUCACAGGCCGCUGCAUCACAGCCAUGUCAAAGAAGUUCCACCCGGAGCACUUUGUCUGUGCCUUCUGCCUGAAACAACUCAACAAAGGCACCUUUAAAGAACAAAACGACAAACCCUACUGCCACGGCUGCUUCAUCAAGCUGUUCAGUUAGGGAGAGAAUUUUAACAGUACGACAUAUGGGUCAGAGCUCAGACAAGUGUCUAAAGCAUCUUUAGCACAGCAGGGGUGAAAAUGGAUUGUGUUUGUAUCAAAGAAAGCUGUGUGUUUUCUAAUGAUGACGUACGAAGCGUUUAUGGAUUGGGUAUGUGCAUGAGGUUAAAGCAGCAUACUCUCUUUGCCAGACUAAAAUACUUUUAACGUCCUUCAGAAAUGUGGUAAAACGUCCCAUUUUUAGACCGACAGCAAUUUUUUUUUUUUUUUUUUUUUUGAAGCUUUUAUGGGUUUGGAGUUGGUCUAUAGGGCUCGGUUUGAUGCAGACAUGCUCAAUAUUUAAAGGACGUUGAAAAGUGGCAUUAGAAAGUUUUUUCAAAUCAACACUGAUGUGCAGAAAACUUUUCCCGCAGUCUCCUUAGAUGUGUUGGACAUUUUCCACAGGCUGCCAUUUUUUUUCUUUUCUUUUUUUUGUAACUCUCACAUUGAUGUGUUUUCAAGUCUUUUUAGUUUUUUUCUUUAUAGAAGGUGGUGAAAUAAUACUGAACACUGUAGAAAUCCAAGAAAUACUCUGCGUGUUUGACAUUGUUGCUCACUGGUUGAGUGUGUCAAUUUAGAAACAAUAAAAAAAAGACGUAAAAAUCUGAAAACUAUAGCAGGGAACGGCUGACCUGUUGUUUUUAGCAUUACAAUGUAACCUGUUUAUACAACUGAUGAGGGUAAAAAGCUUUUAGAUACUUUUUUUUUUCCCAUAACAUAAAAUCGGACAGAGCAAAUGGAUAAAAAAAUGGGCUGAGUCAGCAUUCACAAUAAUUGUGUAUGUGUGCAAUUGAUUGUAGUGUCUUUAGACUCACUCAUUCAGCCUAUGAAAACACCCUUAUAUGAAGAUUUUAAGUGUUGAUACCAGAGUGUUACAAUGUUGAGUUUUUAUUAUAAAUGAAUCAAGGGGUGAGAAUCAAUCACUUUUAAAGUUUCUAACAUCAGAAUCUCAAACACACCUAUUAUUUUUUUUUGCCAAAAUCAAACCAUGAUGACUACUUUACAGUGAUUGUCAAUAAAGAAAUAUGCAAUAUGUAGCCAUCCACCAGUAGCUGCAGAAUUCACCCUCAAUUACAUGUUUGAAUAAACCUCACCUUUUUGCGCUGCCAAAUCAUUCCUUGUUUUUUCACUGAAGAAAAGAGAAAACAGUUCAACUGCAAUUUCUUGCAGUUGUCUCAUACAGUGAAGUGGAACCUCACAAGAUCUUGGGAGAAUAUCGUGCAACUCUUACACUAUCAUUACUGUUUCUGAGUACAUCAUGAGAAGUUUUUUUUUUUUUUUUUUUUGUAAAUAUCCAAUGCAGCUACAUUGUAAGCAAAGCGCUGGGAUGCUUAGCAUGUACAUGUGUUUAAUAACCACUCAUUCGAAGAAGGAGAGAGCUGGUGAGAAGGCAUAGAAAAGAUACUUUGAUAUUUUUGGUGUCAUUACUGUAUUGAGAAGCUGAUGAAUGUUCACUGUUUUCAAAUAAGUAGUACAUAAUGCAAGAAAAUAUGUAAAUGUGCCUGUGAUACUCCAGUAACUCUAUGCAACUGUGGAUUAACAGCUUUGUAUUUCAGCAUCUUUCUUACAUUACAGUCUGUCUGUGCCAUUGUAUCAGUACCAUGUCUAAUAACACUGGUAAAUUCAGCAAAAUACUGAUAACAGGUCAAUAGUCCACAGUUAUGUUUUCAUGUUACUAGUCUGUGAGUCCACUGAAAAAUGUAGGCUUUCAAAAUGAAAGCCUGUUGGUCUGUUAGAAUAAAUCGUAGGACUAAGAUGACUCCUUUCCCUCAGCAUCUGAGUAGCAUCUACUGUAUGACCACCAGGUUGGGUCUUUACAUGGUUAAUCAGGACAUGCAGCAGAUAUAUCGGGCCUUUUGUCUUGUUCAGGGAAUUCUAGAGCCUUAAGUCUUUUCUCACUCUAUUUAAAAGAUCAUGUAACAGUUGUCUUUUUAAAUCAAUUUAGUAGAGUGUUAUUUAACCAAAGCCAUACCUUCUUUUAAUUGUUUUUGUUUGUUCACUUUUUCCUUUUCUUUUCACUUUGAAUGUCAAUAGUUAUGAAUAGUGAGAUUCCUCACCUCUAGUCUGAUUACGCAAAUAAAUUCUGUUUUGGUAUCAAAAUGUUA